AUGCGUGAGAUCAUUCAUCUACAGACGGGCCAAUGCGGCAACCAAGUCGGAUCUGCCUUUUGGCAAACCCUUCAUAACGAACACGGCCUUGACAGCGACGGCGUGUAUUGUGGUACAACCGACGUCCAGUCCGACCGUUUACCAGUCUACUUUAGUGAAGCAGCCGGUCGUAAAUACGUCCCCCGCGCAGUCCUCGUCGACCUAGAACCGGGUACCAUGGACGCAAUCCGUGCCGGCCCCAACGGCAAGCUCUUCCGUCCUGAUAACUUCAUCUUUGGUCAGUCCGGUGCCGGAAACAAUUGGGCCAAGGGCCACUACACGGAAGGAGCCGAGCUCAUUGACCAAGUCCUCGAGGUUGUCCGUCGUGAGACUGAAGCCUGCGACUGUCUGCAGGGAUUUCAGAUCACGCACUCCCUCGGCGGCGGGACGGGAGCCGGGAUGGGCACUCUCUUGAUAUCGAAAGUGCGCGAGGAAUUUCCAGAUAGGAUGAUGGCAACAUUUUCUAUCUUGCCCUCGCCGCGGGUCUCCGAGGUGGUUGUGGAACCGUAUAACGCUACCUUGUCUCUCCAUCAGCUCGUUGAGAACUCAGAUGAGACAUUUUGCAUUGAUAACGAGGCUCUUUACGACAUCUGCAAGAGGACACUUAAGCUCAGUGAUCCGAGCUAUGGGGACCUAAACCACUUGAUCUCAGCGGUCAUGUCCGGCCUCACGACCUGCCUUCGGUUCCCAGGCCAGUUGAACUCGGAUUUGCGGAAGCUGGCCGUGAAUAUGGUCCCUUUUCCUCGCCUCCACUUCUUCACAGUGGGAUUUGCUCCCCUCACGAGUCUUAGCAGCCGGUCAUUCAGAGCCAUCACCAUCCCAGAGCUCACGCAACAACUCUUUGACCCGAAAAACGCCAUGUCUGCGUCGGACUAUCGGAACGGCCGCUUCCUAACUUGCUCGGCUAUUUUCCGUGGUAAGGUCGGUAUGAAGGAAGUCGAAGAUCAAAUCGGACAGAUCCAAAACAGAAAUUCGUCGUAUUUCGUUGAGUGGAUCCCGAAUAACAUCCAAACGGCCCUUUGCUCUGUUCCGCCGUCCGGGCUGAACCUCUCUUCGACGUUUGUCGGCAACUCGACGGCUAUACAAGAGCUUUUCAAGCGCAUCGGGAGCCAGUUUGCACUCAUGUUUAGGAGAAAGGCGUUCCUUCAUUGGUAUACAGGGGAGGGGAUGGACGAGAUGGAAUUCACUGAGGCUGAAUCCAACAUGAAUGACCUGAUUUCAGAAUAUCAGCAGUAUCAGGAGGCCGAGGUGGGGGAUGAAGAGUAUGAUGAAGAGGAGGAAAUCUUUGAGGAAUAA